UUAUGGUAGCGGAACUGCCAGUCGCUAUGCGCUUACCCUACCGUGCUAACUGCUCCUUUUCCUUUUUCCACCAGUCAGUACGUUAAAUUCGCGCCGCGUGUAGUUGAAUCCGUGGGUUCAUCGUUGAUGAUGAAUGAGAGUGAUUAAUAAAAACGAUCGCUAUUUUCGUGCAUGGCUAUGAGAUGGGUGAGAAGCGCGUGAACAUUUUCGCAAAUAAUGGAUGUAAGCUCGUUGGUCCCGGCGGGACUUCAAACGGGAGGGCAAACAGAUCCGUGUGAGGUUCAAGCGGGAUACAAUAAGUUUUCGGAAAAUUUACGAAGAUUCACACCGCAGGCUAUACAGUGCGCCAUUUUUUGCGGCGGGUCCAGAUGCAAAUAUGAAAAUCCAAAUGCCUGGCCAGCCGUCCACAUGGCAAUACAGAACAUCUUUUCGCACUGGGUGACCGACGAUGUCCUUGCGAUGGCACGGCCCAGUACCGCGCAGAUAAUAAAAAAGGAUAUAAUUGCCCAGUUCCAAGGGUGGAGUAUCAAAACCAUAAUAAACCUGCAAACACCAGGCGAGCACGCGAGUUGUGGUGGUCCACUAGAAGAGAGCGGCUUUACAUACGACCCGAACAUUUUUAUGAGAAACUACAUUUAUUAUUACAAUUUCGCCCUUAAGGAUUAUGGUAGCGCCACGAUGGGAAAACUUUUGGACAUGGUCAAGGUUGUAGCCUUUGCCGUGCAAGAGGGAAGAGUGGCCAUUCACUGUCAUGCCGGUCUCGGCAGGACCGGCGUACUGAUAGCGUGCUACCUUAUUUACAGUCUUCGUGUAAGGGCAAACGACGCCAUUAGAUUUGUCCGCAUGAAGCGUCCCUCCGCCAUACAAACGCGCGGGCAAAUAAUUUGCAUUCAAGAAUUCGAGCACUUUGUGCUUCCGCAAAUGAUAGUAUUCCCUUUGCACAGUACAACGGGGGAUCGCAAGCCCUAUAGCCUUCAAUCGUACCUGAAAAAGCAGUACAAUAUGCUACACGGAUAUGAGCAGCGCACCUUCAAGCAUAUUCCAAAAAUGGUUUUUAUUAUUUGCGAGCGAAUACUACAACUCUGCGAUUGUCAGGAAGACAAUUCGCCUUCCGAGAUUGCAUACAUGGUAUCCAACGUACCUUUUACGCAGAAGUUCAUUUGCCACGUAUUGGAGAAAUUCCGUGACGGCAAGAGUAAUAUGCGGCACUCCUAUUCCUGGGCGGAAUCCCUUACGGACUCCUUCGAAUACUCAACUUCCACGAAAGCGUGCAGUAGUAGUCAGGGAUCGUCCCGAGGUACUUGCGACGACAUAGGAAGAUUGAGUGAUGUAUUUUGCAUGUCACCGGACACUCCCUCCUGCGACUCCACAUUUCCAGGCUUGGACGACAGUUGCAUAGAUGAUGUCCUAGGCGACGGCAUUCACGAUCAGGAUCUGCUCGAUAAUGACUGUUACAAAGAGAUUCAGUCACACAUGGAUCUGAGGCGCGUCUCUCGCAGCGAUCACGAAACGGUGACUGCCGAACAAGCUAUCAAAGCCCUCAUCAAGGAUACCGCCUUGCUUCCCGAUCCCAUAAAGAAACAUUUGCAGGAUUAUCAGAGUGACUUGAAUCAUCGAUGUACCGCCUGGCAGCGAUUAGAAUUGGAAACUAAUUUAGAGUUGUUAUCGGCAUUGCUGUUCGAGUGGAUGGAAAGUCUUAAGCAUCCUCUUCUUGAUGUUGACAGCCUCAGUUACAUCGUCGUGUGGAGUUCAAAGCCGCAGCGAUGCCUCGCGAAGCUACCCGUUUAUACGAGAUAUUUAUUAGAAUACCUUUUGCGAUUCAUUAUUCGCUUAAGGCCUAUGACAGCUGAGAGCCAGAGUUUAAUUACCAAAAGGCUAAUGGCGGCACUAACGCAGCAAACAAUUUGGAUAAAGAAUUGUUUUCAUCCCCCAAUCAAUAAAACUCGCGUUGUAGGCAAACAAUUCCAGAAACUGCGACGCGGCACCGCCGGCAAGCUCAACGAGUUCUUCAUCCGCUUGAUGAACCUGAUAGAGGAAGUUAACACUCAAGGGUUGGACAAGAAGCCACCAUGGGCGUCAAAGUGGGAACUGUUAUCUAAGCAUUUGCGGGGUAGCCAGAAGAACUGAUGAGUGUGACAAAUUUACAGUUUAGCAUUUCGACGAGUUUUUUUCUAAUUGCCAACGAUAUAGACAGACCAGUAAUCUUUUAUUUUUCGCCAGGUAUGAACAAGACAAAUCAUUUAUAAAUUACGAGUCGUUCGCUAUAUAUUAACGACUUUCUUGUGUCUGUAAUAGCAGCUGCAGAUAACAGUCUAGGCAGAUUCAAUAGACUUAAAGGAAUUAAAGGAGUUUUCUAAUGAGAUAGAAUAGUGGAUAAUAUCUUUAUUACUGUAUUAAUAUUGAAAAUUAUUGUUAUUUUUGCCUGCGAAAAGUUUGACAAUCGCGCACUGCGACAUAUUGUUUGUAAUCGAGCACCUCUUUUAAACAAAGAUUAGAAAAUCGACUUCCAAUAUUAGCAGCGACCACGUGGAUUUAUAGCUCGCUUAAAACUGGAGAAUUAUGUAUUAGAGUACGGAUCCAGCUUUCGAUCGACGAAACAUUCCAUGUGAUUUGAUUUUCGAACGGAAUCUUAACGUAUUUAACAAUAAAUGCGUUACUUUUAUGUAAAUGACUUUAAUAAAUAAAGAGAGAUAUUUUAGCAGU